GAGCUACAAAACAGUCGUUUAUUUACUCAGAUCAAAAAUCCACAUAGCAAAAAAUGAAAUAUUUUAAGUUUUCAACUUUAUAGAACAAAGUAAUAAUUUAUUCUCCUGGAGAGUUAAGAAUAUUUUCACAACAUGUUUUCAGACUUGAUAUUAUUUGGGACAUUACUGGUGAAUGCAUGUGCUGUUGUUAACUUCAAGCUUAAGCGAAAGAAAGACGAAGCAUUUGAGGUAGCCGUAGAACCCAGUGUAGGAGACAAAGUUAGAGAAUUUUUACUCAGCUUACGGUACUUCAGGAUCUUCAUUGCACUUUGGAAUGUCUUCAUCAUGUUUUGUAUGCUUGUGUUUUUUGGUCAUUGAAAGUGGAUAAAGAGUGAAGAUGAUUUUAUCAGUAGAUAGUUGAUAUCUUGAAAUUUGACAUAUAGCAGGCCUUGUGAUCCUUGUGUCUAGAAUUAUUUACAAAAACAUACUUAAAAGGUUCUGAUGUGAAUAAUUUAUGCUAUAACGUUGAUAAACAUGUGUGUUAUAAUGGUCCUGUAAUAUAUCCAGGGUCUGUCAUAUUAACCCAAGGUCACAGGCCAAGGGUUGAUACAACAGAUCCAGGCUGUAUUACAGCCUCUUAUUUAUUGUCAGUUUUAUUACUUAUUUAAUACAGGAUCGCAGUAAAAUGUUUUUACUUAAAUGUAUGACAAUAAAAUAUUUGUAUAAAAACAUUUCUUCAGCAGUUACAUUUUGAUUGACAUGUGUGGCUGUACCAUAGAAAUCACACAGUAACAAGUGAAAGACUGUCGUAGACUGGGCAAUACAAGUAACAUUUGCGUGCCCCAUCACUACCAAACUGUCAGUGCUUAAAAUGGUAUAAUCAUGUAAUUAAUUGUGUGUUCUAUGCAUCAUUAUUUUUAAAUGGCCCAUGGAUGCUGGAGCAUGGCAAGACUCAGCCGUGGCAAGUUGCCAGGUGAAACACCCAGAUAGUCAUACAUAGCAUUUUAGUGCUUACUGCCAUACUGUAACUUAACUUUAAGUGUGACAUCAGGCCCUUGAUGAAAAACUUCGUGUUUUAGUUAUUAUUAAGUUAAAUGUGCUUUUUAUAUAGUAGUAUAUUUUUGUACAUGAAAUAAUGAUUAUAGUACACGUUUUUGUUUAGGUAUUUGUUUUACUGUAAUUGUUUGGAAUGCAAGAUUAAAGCUGCAAAAAAAUGGAAACUUUAUUUUGUUUGAUUUAUUUAUGUUGUUUAUAGAAUUUAUUCCUAAGAUAUAUUUGCAUGUGUCUAGUGUGAACUUUGAGAAAAAGUGGGAAAAUGUUACAGAAUUGUAAAAAAACAAGCAACUUUAAUUUAUUGUAUGUGAGGCAUUAUGGGUUGCGAAGACUUAUAAAGUAUUAAACCCUUGAUAUCAGGUCAGAAUUAUAUUUCUCUGAAACAUUUGCUCAGUUACAAUUAUUGUAUCCAUCUAAAUUGGAAUUUUGCUGUUCUGGAAGUAAAAUAAGAAAGACUUUGGAAAAAGGGGAAAUUAAAUUUAAUUUAUUUGCUCUUGAUUACAUUUCUAAAGGAAAUAACUAAAAGUACAUGUGAAAUACAAGUAAUUUUUUCUUGAAAAACUGUGAAUGUGAGUAAGAUGAACCACAAAUGAUAUAAUUCAUUUAAGUAUAAAGGACAGAGUUGUGUAGACUUGGACCUUUGAUAUAUGUGAUAAGUUAAUGUGUAUUAUUUUCAUUCAUAGAAUCAUUAGACAUUUUUAUGGCUAAAUGAUAUAGAGAAAAUUAGGUUACUUUCCAUCUGAAUUUAAGUUUAUCCAACAAGUUGGAGAAAGUUUUAUCAACCCAGAGGAUAAACUGGAGUUCAGAUAUUGUUCCAUGUUCAUUUUUCAUAAAUAUUGAAUGUGAUAUAUCAUUGGAAAGUUUAUUUCAUCGUCUUUUUUUCUCAAUUUCUUUAUUUCUGUUGGAUUUAGUAAUAUUGCCUAUUCAUUUUUUGUUCUGUCUUCAUAAAGGUCAUUUUUCUAAAUCGGCUUGAAGUGAACCGCUCCUGUAGAAACUGGUUCAUUACUUAUCAUUUGCUUCAUCCAUGUAGAUUGUACCAUUAUUUUUCUCAUUUUAAACAAUUACUGUUAAAAUACAUGAAUAAUAAUGUAUACACAGUCAUACAAGAGGGCCAUUACAUGACAAAAUGUGCAUUAGUGACAAAAGAUCAAAAUUGAAAUACUGUAAUAAAAUAUUCAUAAGUAACAGUUUUUUUACCUUUCUGAAAAUUUGAAGAAAUUAUAUUCACUAUUUCAAGAUUUUCAAUGCUUUAAAGUCACUGAAGGCAUUUAGAUAAGUGA